UUUAUAGAACGCAUGAAACACUACGUUGGGCCAACGAAGGUUCAAAGGCUACAAACCGUAAUACACAAUUCGCGGGGUCUAUCGCUGAAACUAUACGACUUUUACACGCUAGGAGCAACGAAGCUCGACGACCUUACGGCAGUGCCACACGAGCUGCCGCCUCGAAAGGUGGUCGCGAUCGGCAUACAAACAACGACUACGCGCAUUUCAUGGUAUUGUCACAGUUGACUUGUAUUUUAAACAGUGAUAUAGUGUCUCUAUCAGUGAUUCAUGCGCAAAUCUUUGAUAUUGCUAGAGAAUCCGUGGAAUCUAUCGUCGAAGAUCGAUCGUUCCAAGCGCCGCGUCGGGUCAUGAAGUUCUGAAACUUGGUCGUGCAAUCUUCGUAUAAAAAAUAUAGAAAAAAAAGAAAGAACACCAAAACUUAUUGAUAAAAGUUGAAUCUGACAUAGUUUAUCGUACGAAUCGCAUCGAAUGGUUUUCGUGCCGUUUUAGUUCGAAGAAUGAGAAGAAAACGAUCAUAAGUUUCAACGAAAGAUCGAUUGUGUUGAAGUGUUUAUAAAACAUUGAUACGAUCUCAUUUGCCCAGAAUUGCAGAGGGCAAAGCACUCCACCGAUUGAGGAAAAGUGAACAAUACUGUCGGUCGCACUCUCUCUUUUCAGGUCUAUAAACCCGUAGUCGAUUUAAUGCGCUUGAACAGGACGUACAGAAUACGGUAAUUUCUUAAUGAAUCAAAGAGCCAAACUUUAAAAAUGAAUACAUACGUACUAUUCUUGACUUUCUUAAUUAGUCACGUUUACGCGCGUGACGGUGACUCUUGUUUUGCGGACGAAGAUGAUCCAUAUUUAUAUAUGGCCACUAAAACUGCCUACCAUUUUGUCCACGCCGGUAAAACUCGGUUUCAAGAUGUACCCAACUGUCAUGCAGAGCAAAUUUGGAUGUUUGCUACACACGGUACACGAUGCCCGUCUGAAACGGAGGAUAUCGAAAUGCAAAAAUUAACAGAACUACAGAAUCAGAUAAUUAGCAAUCACGAAGUUCGAAACAAUGGCCGUAUGUGCAUCAGAGAUUUAGAAAAUUUAAAGAGAUGGAAACCGGACGUGUACCUCGCAAUCGAAAGAGCGGAAGUUUUGACACCGCAAGGUGUGGAAGAUAUGAGAUUGCUUGCGAGACGAUUGCAAAGCAAUUUUCCGCAGCUUCUUCAACCAAUCGACGAAAAUAUAACGGCGGAAAAUUAUGUGUUUAAAACGACCGAUGCACGCGAAAGCAGCAUGAGUUACUUUAUGGAGGGACUGUUUGGUGACAGACAAGCGGUGGAUGCAGAAGAAGUUGCCAUAAAUGAUACUCUGCUUACAAUGUAUAAAUCUUGCAACAUGUGGAAUAAUGGUCCUAGUAAUACUACCAUCGAAGAAGUAAUUAUGUUCGAAGAAGGAGCGCAGUUUAAAAAUCUGAUACAGAAUGUCAGUCAGAGUCUUGGAUUUUUGUACGAUAUUUCCAAAGAAUCAAUUCUAACGAUGUACAAUAUGUGCCGUUACGAAAAGGCCUGGACAGUGACGAAACUUUCUCCUUGGUGUGCCGUUUUCAGCAAAGAAGAACUUCGUGUGCUAGAGUAUCGCGAAGAUCUCUACUAUUAUUACAAGGCCGGAUAUGGACGUGAAAUCAAUGCGCAGCUAGGAUGUACCCUUUUGCAAGACAUGAUGAAUCACUUUUGGAGAAUGGAACAAAAUGGAGAGUCUAACGAACCUAAAGGCAUAUUCUACUUCGGCGAUAUCAUAAGUCUGCAGAACCUCUUGACCACAUUGAAUAUUAAUAAGGAUCAAACGCAACUGACGGCUUUUAAUUACAAAGAUAUGGCGAAACGUCAUUGGCGAACCUCUUUCAUGUCGUCCUUCGCCGCGAAUCUUGUCGCUGUAUUUUAUAGAUGCGACAUCACUAGUCAACCAAACAAAGUAAUGUUUUACUUGGCUGAGAAACUGGUCAUGCUCGACGGAUGUGAUGUUGGUCUCUGCGAUUGGGAAUAUUUCAAGCAGAAGUUCAAUCCAAUGCUUAAACAUUGCGAUCUUAAUGUUUGCUGGAACGGAAGUGGUGCCACCACUUACGCUACCAAUUUCUUCCUCGUCCUUCUUUCAUGCUUCUCUCUAGUCUUUAUUAGAAAGUAGAAAGAAAACAGGUGUAUGCGUGUUGUCGAUGUUUGUAAUUUAGAGGACGCAUAAUAUGUUGAACGUAACGCGUUCUAAUUAAUUAUUAUUAUGGCUAUUAAAAUAAGAUAAUUCCAAGCAUUCAACAUUGCGACUCGCCAACAUUUCACUGCGCUUUCAAAUCGCCAAAAUGUGUAUAUUUAAUGUCUUUUAUUCCUGUUCUACCGCUCUAUACGUAAUUUAUAUGCAUUUAUUGUUGUUUAUCGUCAUCGACAUUUGUUUACAUAUCGUAAAUAUGUACUCGUAUAAGUGGAAUAUUAUUUAAAUUAUCUUUCUUCCUAAUGAUGUCCGUCCGACUCGUGAUGACUAUGCAUAAGUAUAAACAUAAUGCACAAUUACCGUCACAUUGUUGCUUAGAAUUCUCUCUCAGACUUUCUCAAAUCUCACGGCAAAAGUAAGAGCAACGUGUUUCUAUACGCUUAAUAAAUGUAGAAGAUUCGAAUAUCAAAAAGGCCUCUCUUCGUACAUUGUAUUUGCGUACUCGUAAUUCGAAUUACUCUCUAAAUAAAUUAUGAACAAAUAAAUUACUGAUAUAUGUAUACCAUAAA